ACUGAGCGGCCCACGUCCCAACUCAGAUCUUACCACGAACCGUGGCGGCAGUUUUCCGGUUUCAAGGGAAUAAAAAGCCCGCAAUGGAACAGCGCUACUUCAAUGUCUCAACUGGCACUCGUCUUCGAAGCCCGGGGUAAACAUGUACUCAAGGAAAUAGCCAUCCCUGAGCCUUCCUCUGGACUGUUACAAGUUCGAGUAGAAGCUGCCGCGAUCAACCCUGUGGACGUUAAGAUUUUUGACAACGACCGUCGUGGUUUCGUGCAGCAUUAUCCGACUGUUCUUGGUUGGGAUGCAGCAGGAGAGGUCACUCAAGUUGGUCAGAAUGUGGCCAAGUUUAAAGUUGGAGAUCGCAUUGCAUUUCUCUGCAUCCCAGGCUUCAGUCGCGAUGGAGGCAAAAGUCAUACUUGUCGUGGCGCCUUCCAGCAGUAUGCAUUGGCGGACCAGCGAUUCUCAGUGAAAAUCCCCGCCGAUGCUGAUUAUGCCUCUGCUGCCUCUUGGCCCAUGUCGAGCAACACUGCAGCUGGCUCACUCUACAAACACUUCAAACUGACAGAGCCCUGGCUUUCUGGGGGUGAAGGGGCUUAUAAAGGUGAAAAAAUCUUGAUUCUCGGCGGCAGCUCCUCUGUUGGCGCGUAUGCCAUCCAGUACGCUGUCCUCUCUGGCUUCCACGUCCUCACAACUUGUUCGCCCGUCCAUUUCGGCUACGUCAAAUCUCUUGGCGCUGACGUCGUUAUCGACCGUUCCGCGUCCGAUGUCGCCGCUCAGAUCAUCGCCGCUGCCAGUGGUCCGCUCAAAUUUGUCAUCGAUGCGAUUAGCAUUCCGGUUACCCAGCUCCUGGCUACACAAGUCCUCCAGGAGGCCGGCAAGCUGAAUCUCAUGCUUUCGCCCGAUCCGUCUCUCAAACAUGUCCUCGACGCCAAGAAAAUUCAGCUCCUUUGGGGGGCAGGGAUGCAAGGAUGGUACAUCAGUGAACCGCUUUGGGAUGCAGCAGAAGUACAUCUUGCGAGUGGUCUCAUGAAGUUCAAUCAUGUCACGGUGCUGAAUGGUGGACUGAACGCUUGGGAGACGGCAUUUGAGAUGCAUCGCAAAGGCCAAGUUAGCGGGACCAAAUUGAUUUUGGCGCCUCAGCAAACGGUGCGGUAA